AUGAGCCCAAGUUCGUCAGACUCUGAAACCGCCAACAAUUCAAGCUUAGCUGCCGUGGACGCCUCCUCCCUCCGCAUCUCCAAGUUCGAUGGAACUAACUUCCACGCCUGGAAGUUCAAGAUGCAGAUGGUGCUGGAGGAACGGGACCUAUGGGAGGUCGUCAGCGGUGAGAUCAAGGCGGAACAGUGCGAGACUCAGUUGGACCAAGCGACGUACAAGAGGAAGUCAAGAAAGGCGAUGGCAGUGAUCUGUCUAGCCAUGGAAGAUUCCCAGCUACCGUUGGUCCGGUCGGCAAGUGGUGCAUGCGACGCAUGGUCAAGGUUGGAAGACCACUUCGAGAAGAAGAGUCUUGCCAACAAGCUGUUCUUGCGCCGUCGCUUCUUCACGACAAUGAUGGAAGAAGGCGACGAUGUGCUCGAACACAUCAACAAGCUCAAGACGCUGGCGGAACAGCUAGAAGCGGUGGGGGCUCCAGUCUGCGAGGACGAUCUGGUGAUCACACUCCUCGGCAGCCUGAGUGACUCGUAUCAAUUCUUGAUCACAGCUUUGGAGUCGCGCUCAGACACUCUUAGCUGGGAGCUCGUGACGUCUCGACUGCUUCAUGAAGAAAUGAAGCGGAAGGAGCAAGGAAGUAAAGGUGAUGAAGCUUCGCAAGGUCAAGCGUUCAUCACAAGGGACAAUCAGCGCAAAGGGCGACCAGUGAAGAAGUCCUGGCCGUGCCACAAUUGCGGAAAGAUUGGUCACUGGAUGGCGGAGUGCCCCUCGCGCAUCCAAGAAAACACGGAGAGACACCGGCCACAGCGUGCUCAAGACAGCGGCGACCGCUAUCGAUCACAACGUGCAAACGUCGCUCAAGAAGAAGACUCGGGCGACUACCUCUUUUCGAUCGGUGAAACGACAUCUGCGAAAUCGAGCGACAUCUGGCUGGUCGACUCCGGGGCGACGCAGCACAUGACGUGCUCCAAGAAGUUCAUGCGGAACUACAAGGGGUUUGACGCUGUGGAUGUCCAUCUCGCGGAUGAUGGAAUCGUCCAAGCAAUCGGCAGUGGGGACAUUGUCAUGUCGAUGAAAACACCCCAAGGGAUGAAGAAAGGUGUGCUCACAAACGUGUGGCACAUCCCAAAGUUAUCCAGAAACCUGUUCUCGGUCGGCCGCUUCACCAAGGAUGUCGGCCCAGUGACGUUCACGAAGGAUGGGUGCUAUGGAGAAGCGAAAGGGACCAAGUGGAAAAUUGGUGCCCGUGAAGUUAAAGGACUGUUCAAGCUGCAAAUGACUCCAGUGGCGCCGGAACAAGCAAAUGCAGCCAAGUCGUCGGGAUGUCAAGGGGGCACCAAGUCGUACCUCUGGCACCUUCGGCUUGGCCACAUAGGUCACGAUGGACUCAAUUGCAUCGUGACGAAGAACAUUGGAAUUGGCAUCGACAUAUCUUCGGUGAAGAAGUGGGACGUGUGUGAAGGUUGUGCUCUGGGUGUUGCAAUUUGA